CCCGCCUCCUCCGCGUGUUAGGUUGCUCAUGUGAUCUUGCUGUUAGAGCUGCCUAGUCUUGCUUGCCGAUGCUUGAGGCAUCUCUCAUCUGCGUGGAGUUCGGAGCCUUCCUUGGCGCGGCCAGCUGCGCGAUUCUUCGCACCCAAAUCUUGGUUCUGCUCUUGCUCCUCUCUGGCUGCCGAGGGUUUUGGGGAGCGGCUUGCUUCUUCGAGUUGGAGGCUUGUCAGAGCUGAAUCUCGCUCACCUUCCCUCUCUUCUUCUUGCGGGGGUUCUUCGCCAUUUCGGAGUUCAAAUCCCAUCUGGGAUCUCGUCGGCUGCUUUGGGCUUCUCCGUGUCUCGAGUUUUGGAUGCACUGUGACGCGUUGGCACAUGGUGAGCUUCUGAUGUCAGUUAGGAUUAAACAUGCUUCCUGGCUGUGCUCAAGUGGGAGAACAAGAAAUCAGCCUAGACAGUAGUUAUCUGUUGCAAGCAGAAAAUGCACCCUUAUUCACUUAAGAGUUCCAAGGGAGCACCAAUUCUGCCACGGCCAAUCUUUGUUUUCUUCAUUGCGUCAUUUGGAUUCUAUGUAUGCUACCUCUCCUUUAAUCAGAUAACACUAGAGAGCGGAAGAGAGGGGAAUAGUAGAGAAGAACAAAGGGAUUGCAGAAAGCCUUAUGUGCCACAUGAGGAGCUUAGUUAUGUGCACUUUCCAAAACCUACGAGUUAUAGCAGGGGGGAGUGCUCAUGUACUCCUGUUCGAUUUUUUGUAAUUGUGUCUAUGCAAAGAUCAGGAAGUGGAUGGUUUGAGACCUUGCUGAAUAGUCACCCUAACAUAAGUUCCAAUGGUGAAAUCUUUAACAGAGUGGAUAGAAGAGAGAAUAUCUCGUCUAUCUUACAAACACUUGACACACUGUAUAAUUUGGACUGGCUCACCAGCGCAGCGAAGAAUGAGUGCACAGCUGCAUUUGGACUGAAGUGGAUGCUUAAUCAGGGAAUUUUGGAAAAUCCUGAAGAUAUAGUUAGUUAUUUGAAAAAGAAAGGUGUCUCCGUGAUAUUUCUGUUCAGGAGGAAUACGCUGCGCAGGCUUAUAUCUGUGUUGGCCAAUGACUAUGACAAAGAUGCAAAGCAGUUGAAUGGAACUCACAAGUCUCAUGUUCACUCAAAAGAAGAGGCUGAGAUAUUAGCGAAAUUCAAACCACAUUUGGAUCCGUCAACUCUGAUUACAAACAUCAGAAACAUUGAGAAGGCCAUCAGAGACUGCUUGGACCACUUCAAGAGCACACGGCACAUGAUCCUCUAUUAUGAGGAUAUAAUCAGCAACAGCAAUGCAUUAUUCCAGGUGCAAGAGUUCCUCAGAGUACCGGUGAGGAGGCUGAUGAGCAGGCAGGUGAAAAUUCACACUAGGCCUAUUCCAGACCUUGUCAAGAACUGGGAGGAAGUUAGCAGCAAACUGAAUGGAACAGAGUUUGCCCACUUCCUUGAUGGUUCAGAUUAUGUCAAGUGAUGGAGGGCUGGUUAUUGGCAUUUGAAGUGCCCGUGAGUGAAAAACACCGUUUCUUCGCUGAAACUGAAACAGUAUUGUUCGCUGAUUUUUAGUCGCAAAAUAUGCUUUAGAAUUCUUUUUGUACAGAUGAGCUUGUUAAAAGGUGUACAACAGAUGACACACGUGGUGAUUUUUUUGUUGCAAAAUAUUACGAGUUUACAACAACAAUAAGAUUUUGAAUGUGGCCAA